GGUUGCAUUCGAUUACCGAUAGUUAAGCUCAAAUAUCGAUCCCGAUUACAUCGAGAUAAGUUCGGAGGAAGAGGAAGGGAGUGUUUUGACAAUAUUGGGCAACAUUCGGUGGGCCCAGCUAAAAUUAUUUCAUUUAGAGCUAUCCGUUCGCACAUUUUUUAAACAAAAUAUGCCGGCUUAUCAUUCCCAGUUUUUGAACCCUCCCCAAACUGUUGGGAAUAUGGCUAUAUUGCCAUUGAAAACUCAAUUUAGGGGGCCAGCUCCAAAAGAAACUGGAGAUUCCGAUAUCCUGGAUGAGGCGUUGUACUAUUUCAAAGCAAAUGUUUUCUUCCGAACAUAUGAAGUCAAAAGUGAAGCAGACAGACUGCUUAUUUAUCUGACACUCUACAUCACUGAGUGUCUGAAAAAGCUUCAAAAGUGUUCUAACAAAAGUACAGCCCAGAACGAAAUGUAUUCAUUGGCGAUAUCCAAGUUUGACAUUCCUGGUGAACCAGGGUUCCCACUUAACUCUGUAUAUGCCAAACCCACUAGCCAACAUGAAGCAGAUCUAUUGAGGCAGUAUUUGACACAAGCAAGGCAAGAGAUAGGGUUAAGACUGGUAGAUAAAGUUUUCUUCACAGAGGAUGGAAAGCCAUCAAAAUUUUGGCUCUGUUUUGCUAAAAAGAAGUUCAUGGACAAGUCCUUAUCAGCGCCUGGAAUGUGAGAAGUCAUUUUGUUAAUCCUUCCUGUUUAUCUUUCCGUUAUGUAUUCGUGCAAAAGGGUUUGAUCAAAUAAAUUUAAUUUGUUCAAUUUUA